GCCUUUGAGAGUUGAUAAAGACCACUUGGACCAGAUUGAAACACAUUCUCCUGUUCUCAGUCUGGUGAAAUAAUUUCUCCCACAGUCCGUGUCGUCUCAUCAUGCCACCCAAAAAGCCAGAACCAAAAAAAGUAGUAGAGGAACCCAAAGCAGCACCUCCACCUCCACCCCAACCAGAACCACCAAAAGAAAUAUCUUUUGACCCGACCUCUGUGACUAUUGAAUUCUCAGCAGAUCAAAUUGAAGAAUUUAAGGAAGCCUUCUCACUCUUUGAUCGGACCCCUAGCAGUGAGUUAAAAAUCACCUACGGCCAGUGCGGAGAUGUCAUGAGGGCUCUGGGACAAAACCCAACAAACGCUGAAGUUUUAAAAGUUCUUGGCAGGCCAAAGCCUGAAGAACUGCACACAAAGCUGAUGGAUUUUGAUACAUUCUUACCCAUGCUCCAGCACAUAUCGAAGUCCAAGGAGAAGGGGACGUACGAGGACUUUGUGGAGGGUCUCCGCGUGUUCGAUAAGGAGGGAAACGGCACUGUUAUGGGGGCUGAAAUCCGCCACGUCUUGGCAACUCUCGGUGAAAGAAUGACAGAAGAAGAGGUAGAUAAACUCAUGUCUGGCCAAGAAGAUUCCAACGGAUGUAUAAACUACGAAGCUUUCGUGAAGCAUAUUAUGGCAAACUGAAUGCAAGCUCUCAAGGAACACAUGGAUGGAUUCCCUUCAAUAACCCUGUUUUCUUCGCUGAUUAGAUGCAAAUCUUCCUCUAUUACGGUUAUUUUAGAUUGAUGGCAGUCAUUCCCAACUUGAAGCCUAUUAUUAUUGAUUAACCUUCUGUCAACUCACACUAAUGAUGACUUCGCAAAUAAACAAAUAAAUCUUGAUGUCAUAAAACUAGAUUAGCUCGCUAUAAAUUGGAUGCAGCAAAAAUACAAAGUGCUCAGUCAAGGGCAGCAAGGAUACAAAGUGUCCGAUUGGGAGCAGCAAGAAUACCAAAUGUCCAAUCAAAGACAGCAAGCAGUCAAAGUGUCCAAGCUGGAGUAGCUAGGACACAAAGUGUCCAAUCAGUAGCAGCUGGGAUACAAAGUGUCCAAAGGGAGCAGCUAGAAUUCAAAGUGUCCAACCAGGGGCAGGAGGUAUGCAAGGCGUCCAAUCAAAUGCAGCUAAAAUGCUAAAAGUGUCCUAUCAGAAUCAGCUAGCAGGUGUAGGCCAAAUGUGCUCUUGUAAGCCACUCUAUGGUUCUUCUCUAUAUUAGAAAACAGUUGUACUAUUAUUCAAUCCUCGAACGUGUCACCCAUCAGAUCAUAUGAUAUACAUGUGUGACAGACAGUUCACUGUGCAUGAGCACCUUAUCAGACCCCAACAGAAGCCCCUAACAGACACCUGUCAAUCAUAAUGCAAACAUUGGACCUUAAUGUUUCCGUUUGUCGUCCAUACCUACACAGCUACUGAACACGUACAGAUAGUUAAUGUUACCCAUAGAAUGUAUGAGAGCAGCUACAUGCGCACAUGCGACGUAACAUACAUUAGAGCGCUAAUUGUGUUACUUUGAAACACACCACCACAACUCACUGAAAAUCGGACAUACUUGCUUCCAAUUCAUUUUAAGCUUUCAUGUCAGAGCAAACAGAUAUUAAUAUGUGCUGCUUUCAUCCAAAAAAGAUCUCCAUUAUUCAGGCUUUUCCUGACAUUUUGGCAAACUGUGGAUAUCUUUCACUGUGUAUAUUAAGACAAGGUUACAUAUCUUACAUUAAGCUGUAACAUACAUGGACAUAGCCGGAUGUUUGAAGUGACACUUUGAAACCCAAAGAAUAACAGCAUUCGUUCCCAGGUGCACACAGCGGUGCAUAUGUCACAGCGAUGUAUAUGUCCCAUCAGUGUAUAUGUCACAGCAACGUAAAUGUCACAGCGGUGUAUAUGUCACAGCGAUGUAUAUAUCAUAGCGAUGUAUAUGUCACAGCGGUGUAUAUGUUGCGAUGUAUAUAUCACAGCGGUGUAUUUGUCACAGUGAUGUAUAUGCCGCGGUGUAUAUGUCACAGCGAUGUAUAUGUCACGGUGUAUAUAUCAUAGCGAUGUACAUGUCACAGCGGUGUAUAUGUCGCGGUGUAUAUGUCACAGUGAUGUAUAUGUCACGGUAUAUAUGUUACAGCAGUGUAUAUGUCACAGCGGUGUAUAUGUCACAGCGAUGUAUAUGUCACAGUAAUGUAUAUGUCGCGAUGUAAAUGUCACAGAGAUGUAUAUGUCACAGCGGUGUAUAUAUCACAGCGGUGUAUAUGUCACAGCGGUGUAUAUGUCACAGUAAUGUAUAUGUCACAGCGGUGUAUAUGUCACAGUAAUGUAUAUGUCGCGAUGUAAAUGUCACAGAGAUGUAUGUGUCACAGCGGUGUAUAUAUCACAGCGGUGUAUAUGUCACAGCGGUGUAUAUGUCACAGUAAUGUAUAUGUCACAGCGAUGUAUAUGUCACAGCGAUGUAUAUGUCACAGUAAUGUAUAUGUCGCGAUGUAAAUGUCACAGAGAUGUAUAUGUCACAGCGGUGUAUAUGUCACAGUAAUGUAUAUGUCACAGCGGUGUAUAUGUCACAGCGGUGUAUAUGUCACAGUAAUGUAUAUGUCACAGCGGUGUAUAUGUCACAGCGGUGUAUAUGUCACAGUAAUGUAUAUGUCACGGUGUAUAUGUCGCGAUGUAAAUGUCACAGAGAUGUAUAUGUCACAGCGGUGUAUAUAUCACAGCGGUGUAUAUGUCACAGCGGUGUAUAUGUCACAGUAAUGUAUAUGUCACGGUGUAUAUGUCGCGAUGUAAAUGUCACAGAGAUGUAUAUGUCACAGCGGUGUAUAUAUCACAGCGGUGUAUAUGUCACAGCGGUGUAUAUGUCACAGUAAUGUAUAUGUCACGGUGUAUAUGUCACGAUGUAAAUGUCACAGAGAUGUAUAUGUCACGGUGUAUAUAUCACAGCGGUGUAUAUAUCACAGUAAUGUAUAUGUCAGGAUGUAUAUGUCACAGCGAUAUAUGUGAUGCCCACAAUUAAGCAAUAUUCCCAACAGACCCUGGCUCUUGUUUUGAUGUAUUCUGCUCUACAGCUGCUGCCCAUCAACUAAACUCUGUUUUAUUGGCAGUAAUCCGGUUUAAAGUUUCUUUCUUAUUGUACUCUCGGACAAGUUUGAAACAGCUCCUCACUAUUCAGUGUAUCAGAAAUAAUUGAAUGGUGUAUAUAGUGAUACUACUUUCCAUUUAAAGGGACACUAUAGUCACUGGAGCAGCUACAGUUUAAUGUAGUGGUCCUGGUGUCUAUAGCCUGUGCCUGCAGUCUAGUCACUGUAAACUCUAACUUUUCAUAGAAGAGGCUGUGUUUACAUUGGUGUCUAUAACACCUCUAGGUGUAGUCACUUAGACAGUCAUUAGAGGUGCUUCCUAAUCCAAUGCUAGAUUUAAUGCAUCUCUACGAGGAGAUGCUGAUUGGCAGAUCGCAGUGUUUUGCUGCGCAAGCACAAUAGCCUCUCAAUGCUUUUCUAUGGGAAAGCCUUGGAUUGACUGAGAUCAUCAAGAUUGGUUGCUGGACACCUAAACAUGUAUUCCAGCUCUAUAGUGUUCCUUUAACGUAUUAUUUUAUCAUAUUCUUCAUUUUCUUUACGGGUCAGGAUUUCUUUUGACUGUGUAACUAACUGUCAUUGGUAAAACUAAGACGUGCAGAUUUCAUAUUUCAGAGUGAACGGAAUAAGUCAUUCAGAUCUUACAGAAUUCUACAUUUUGGUUAUAUUUCUUCUCAUCAGAGGAAGAUCACCCAUUUGUUCCAGUUUGUACCUUGUCUUCUUUAAUCAGCAUUGUUCAAGGUGUAAAACGUCCUAUUAAUGUCAUAUUAAAUUUUGAAAAUAAAUUUUUAUUUCACAAAAUA